CACACGCGUACUCGAGCGCGCUCGCAUCCGGUCGCCGGAUUCCGGGUGAGCGGUCCACUCUGACAGGCCGCCGCGGCAGCCAGGCACAGUUGCGGUACCUUCGCUCGCGCGUUCUCCGUAUUCGCCGUGCUUCACCAUGAGGCUGCUGUUGUUCCUGGGCUUGGUAGCCGCUGUCGCCUGCGCGAACAACGGGCCGAAAGUCACCGACAAGGUAUGGUUCGACAUCAAGAUCGGCGGUGUCGACGCUGGCAGAGUGGAGAUCGGCCUGUUCGGCAAGACCGUCCCGAAGACGGUGAAGAACUUCGUCGAGCUCGCCAAGAUGCCGGAGGGUGAGGGCUACAAAGGCAGCAAGUUCCACCGAGUGAUCAAAGACUUCAUGAUCCAGGGGGGAGACUUCACCAAGGGAGACGGCACUGGAGGUCGCAGCAUCUACGGGGAUCGCUUCGCAGACGAGAACUUCAAGCUGAAGCACUACGGCGCCGGGUGGCUGUCCAUGGCCAACGCCGGCAAGGACACCAAUGGGUCUCAGUUCUUCAUCACGGUGAAGCAAACGCCGUGGCUCGACGGUAGACACGUCGUCUUUGGCAAAAUCAUCAAAGGAAUGGAUAUAGUGCGAAAGAUUGAGCAAACGAAGACGGACUCGCGGGACAAGCCGCAGAAGGACGUGAUGAUCGCCGACAGCGGCGCGGAGACUGUGCCGGAGCCAUUCAGCGUGUCUAAGGACGACGCCACCGAAUAAAUCCUCAGCAUUCGCCAACAGCCUCGUUAUUCUUUAUGAUCUCUUUAUUUCGUACAAAACGAUCUCUCUGCGGCAGCCGCGCGGCUUUGACAGCCGCCUCCGGCUGGUUUCCCCGUGACGGAUGGCGCGGCACCAACGAAGAUAAACUGCCUAACGGCAUCCUGGACAACGGGAGCGUUAGGCAGCGGCAAUAUCAACGAAACGUUUUGUAAAAAGGUCAUAAAGUUGUUGAAGCAACAAUCAACGAGUAAUAGAACGACGGUUUCUAUUCUAAUUGUUAAAGAAAAAAAACUAACGUAUAACUUGCAUCGCACGAUAAAUUUUCUACGUAAGCAGAUUUUCUACGUUCACGAAAUAAACAUAAGUUGUUUAAAGUAA